GGAGGUGAUAUCUUACUCUUUUGGAAUCUACUGUUAUAGUUCAAUUUCUUUAUUUCUAUUCUCACGAUACGCCAUGGCUGCGUCUGAAUCUCGGCGCGAUACGGCGCAACCCCCCAAAGAAAGCUUGCAAUUUCCAGUGCUCUCUCGCGUGUUCUUACAGCCCUAUCUCCCUGUUUCACUUAAAUCCUCUUCCUCUCCAUCUGCCUAUCCGCAAACUACUCCGGCAAAGACCAGCCUACCUCAUGUUACUCUUACCUAUGCAACAUCUCUGGAUUCAUCAUUAUCCCUUGCGCCAGGGACACAGACGCAUCUCUCAGGACCUCAGUCCAAGGCCAUGACCCAUUACCUUCGCUCGAGACACGAUGCAAUUCUUGUCGGUGUGGGUACGGCACUGGCUGAUGAUCCGGGACUGAACUGCCGCAUUACGGGUGUGGGAGGCUACGGCGGCAAAGAGCUCAUAGGUCAACCACGGCCCAUUGUGCUUGAUCCCAGUGCACGAUGGAAGUUCAAUGCAGAAUCACGUGUUUUCCGGACAGCUCGUGAGAACAGAGGAAAAGCACCGUGGAUUGUGGUUGCCCAAGGAAAUGAGGAGAAGAUGAGCCUGGAACAGCGUAAGGUCUUGGGGAGCUAUGGAGGGAAGCUUUUGAGCAUUCCUCAACGGAAGCCCGAAAUGGAAGAUCCCACAGGCGAGGCCUCGACUGAGGCUGAAACUUAUGCAGCACUGGACUGGCAAAGUCUCCUGGACACACUAGCCCAGCAAGACGUUUACAGUCUCAUGGUAGAGGGCGGAGGUACUGUUAUUAAUGACCUGCUGCAUCCUCGCAAUGCACAACUUGUGAAUUCUGUCAUUAUCACAAUCGCACCUACAUAUCUUGGUCAAGGCGGUGUCGUAGUGUCUCCGGAAAGAAAACUUGAUUCUCAAGGAAAGCCAACGAAUGCAGUGCGAUUCAAAGAGGUCAAAUGGCAGCCACUAGGGGCGGACGUUAUAAUGUGUGGGCGAGUCGAGGUGUAAACCUGGAGACCAUUUCCAGACUGCUUUAUAUACCAUUAUCUAGACUCUGUAUGAAGCAUUUAGACAAUUCUACUAUUGUGUAAAGAUAGUCCA